GUGAGAUGAAACAUGGUCUCUCCGUCUACAACUCACAACUCGAGCAUGAGAAGGAGGCCGGCAGAUGGAAUAAACAAACAGACCUUUCCGUUGGGAAGGGGAUCAAAGAGGUCUUGGUGAGACGAUGGAUUACGAAAAUCAAGUACGAAAAAGCACUGAGCGAUAUUAGCAACCGCACCCUUGACGCAGUCAAACACAAGGCCGACGAACUGUAUGGAAAGCUUGGAGAGGGUAAGGAAUUGUUUGAGAAAAUCGGGCAUUAUUUUGUUCUCAAUCGAUACCUAAGCAAUACCCGAAAGUCGACCCACGAACAACGCACCAGGGGCAUGUACGAACGUCUUGGCGGAAAGAGAGACGAGCUUGAUGGUUACGCCAAGGCUGUCCGGAACCUCGACUAUCCGGCUUUAGAGCUGGCUAUUGACGAUUACUUGCUUCAGUUCCGACAGGCAAAAAAGCUUCUUAAUGCUGCUAUAGCUGCAUAUGGUACGGAUAAGAUGGCCCCGGUUUACCCACUUUUCCCUCCAUCGAAGGAGGAUAUGAAGGAGAGACUUACUCUGGAGUUCGAUCUCAGAGGAAAGAAGAUAGCAGCACUGGCGAAGGAUUUGGAAGAUGAGAAAGCGACGACGGAGAAGGUGUUGGAUAAGAUCGAUGUUCUGCUUGCAGCUAGAUUUGGUUGGAAGGUGUGAAACGGG